CCAACUUCAACAUUUCCCUGUCUGUUAUUGAGACAAAAUGCACAUUUUAAUAUUGAUCAUGACACAGCGUAUUUUAUAUAACGUUAAUGAUAUGAAGCAUAUUUACAAAUCGUUACUGACAGAGAACCGUAUAAUUUGUGUUCUGCGUGUUAUAUGAAUGUACUUACCUGUGAUGUUGCCACAAGUCAGUCUUUCUCUGUACCUGUACCUUCCCAUACUUGUGCAGUUGGCAAUAAAUUCAACAGGACCUGAGAAAUCUCAGUGAGAUUUGAUUAGUGAUGAUCAUCUUGUCAGCUCGGUAGGUCGAAUGUAUGAGACAGUCCACUGUUAAAUGCAAAACACUGAACAGUGUCGAUGAUCAGAGGGAUCAUGGACUCCAAGUUCAUCGCUCCCUGAGAGAGACUGCACAGAUUGAUCGGGUGGUUAAGAAGGCAAAUGGCAUGGUUGUCUUUAUUAGUUGAAGCAUUGAGUUCAAAAGUCGGGAAGUUGUUUUUCGGCUGUUACGAGCCUGUUACUAUAUACUAAUAAAGGUAAUGGUUUUAACAUCAAAACCAGACUCCAGUGUGAACUCUAUUGCUGCUGGUUCGUUUCUAAAACUUUACAGUUCGUAACAAGGCUUUAUAAAACAGGUUACACCACAUCUGGAGUGUUUCAUACAGUUCUGGUCGCCCCCAUUCUCGGAAGGAUGUCGGGGCUUUGGAGAGGGCGCAGGAGAGGUUUACCAGGACACUGCCUGGAUUAGAGGGCAUGAGCUAUAACGAGAGGCUGGACAAACUUGUGUUGUUUUCUCCAGAGCGGAGCAGGCUGGGGUGAGACUAGAUGGACGUUUAUAAGAUUACAAGAGGAAUAGAUAGAGUGGACAGACGAUAUAUUUUUCCUGGGGGUUGAAAUGUCUAAUACAUUUAAGGUGAGAGGAGAUGUGAGCGGCAAGUUUGCUUCUUUUCACAGACUAAUGAGCAGCUGGAAUCUCUGCCUGGGGGAGGGGGGAGUUGUCGCCAAUCCUGACACGUGAUCACGUUUGCCCCUCCCAUGUAACCGCAGAUUGGCAGCACCUGCGCGUCUGUUUCCGAGGGCCCGACUCCCGAUGAUGUAACAAUCUCUUCGCGCAUGUUCACAGUCUCCGGGUGGACGGUGUUAUCCUCUCAGCUCAGAGCUGAAGUGGGUCGGCUGUGUUAUCGGGAAAGACUUUCGUCUCUUGCGUCGGGAUCACUGUCUGCGGGCCGAAGAUAUCACUUUCCCAUCGUCAGACCUGCAGUGAGAGAUUUAGUGGAAGAAAAACCACGACUGAAGACGAAGGAACAGCAACAAGUGAACCAGCCCGAGGAUUGAGAGCACUGAUUGGAGAGAAACCAUCUGACUCAGAGAUUCCGUUGAUUCAGUCCGGAGAAAGUUUGGGCCAUGCGUUAAGAAUUUUGCCAGCGCUGAAGCGCCGAUGAAAUGCGCAGGCGUCCGGCUGAGGACGUCCCCGAUGCACGCAGUACACAGAAGGCCUUGAAAAUGUCGGGUGCAGAUAUUUAAGAAGUGGAGCAAAGGAUUCAAUCGACCAUCCUUCCUGCUCAGACUGUGGGGAGGGAUUCAAUCGGGCAUCUGACCAACCAGCAAGCCCGUCAUUUUACACAGGAGAGAGGCUAUUCACCUGCUCAGACAGUGGGAAGGGAUUCACUCGGUCAUCUGAGCAACCAGCAAGCCCGUCAUUUUACACAGGAGAAAGGCCAUUCACCUGCUUAGGAAUGGAUUCACUCAGUCAUUUCAACUGAAGGUAUAUCAGCAAGUUCACACUGGGCAAGGCCAUUCAUCUGUUGUGUGUGUGAGAAAGGAUUCUGCCGGGCAUCCCACCUGUGGACACUCCAGUCAGAUGACACUGGGCAGAGGCUGGUCAUCUGCUGAAUUUCAGAGAAGGGAUUCUCUCGGUCAUCUGACCUAAUGGCACACCAGCGUGUUCACACCAGGGGGUGGUCAUUCACCUGCACAGUCUGCAGGAAGGGAUUCACUCAGUCAUCCAAACUACAGAGACAUCAGCGAGUUCACACUGGGGAGAAGCUGUUCACCUGCUCAGUCUGUGGGAAGGGAUUCACUCGGUCAUCCAACCUACAGAGUCAUCAGAGAGUUCACACUGGGGAGAAGCCAUUCACCUGCUCUGACUGUGGGAAGAGUUUCACUCGGUCAUCCCAACUACUGGUACACCAGUCAGUUCACACUGGGGAGAAGCCAUACACCUGCUCAGACUGUGGGAAGGGAUUCACUCAGUCAUCCAACCUACAGUGUCAUCAGAGAGUUCACACUGGGGAGAGGCCGUUCACCUGCUCAGAAUGUGGGAAGGGAUUCACUCGGUCAUCCCAACUACUGGUACACCAGUCAGCUCACACUGAGGAGAAGCCGUUCAUCUGCUCAGACUGUGGGAAGGGAUUCUCUCAGUCAUCCAACCUACAGAGUCAUCAGCGAGUUCACACCGGGGAAAAGCCAUUCACCUGCUCAGUCUGUGGGAAGGGAUUCGCUCUGUUAUCCAACCUACAGAGUCAUCAGAGAGUUCACACUGGGGAGAAGCCAUUCACCUGCUCAGUCUGUGGGAACGGAUUCACUCUGUUAUCCAACCUACAGAGUCAUCAGAGAGUUCACACUGGGGAGAAGCCAUUCACCUGCUCAGUCUGUGGGAAGGGAUUCACUCGGUCAUCAAACCUACUGGCACACCAGUCAGUUCACAAUGGGAAGUAGCCACUGUUAUGAAUCCCUGGGUUUCCUUUGCCGUGGACUGUCAUUUAAAGAGAGAGAGCGAUUAAGAAGGUGAAUCAGUCUGACUUGCAGCUUGUUUAGCUUUAACCGAGGACACAGACACUCAGAGUCAGAUGGAGACGAAGGAGGAAAAAUGGAAGGAUCGAAACCAGGGAACUAGUGGCCAAGAGUCACUGUUUGGAAGUUUCCUAUGCCCACAAGGGUGGGUUAAUUAUUGAUCCAUGUACAUUGAAUGUGUGUUUGUCACCUUGUUUGAUCCAUAGGAGUGGAUCUGAUUUGGGGUGUCCUGUGGAAACCACUAAUGUGUUAACCCUUGCCUGGCUGUGAUGUGGUAGUUCACUUGAAGAUGAUACACCUUGUGACAAGUCACUUUCGGUGAUAAUUUGUAUGUGGAUUUGGAGCGAUGACAGAUAAAAUCUACAGCGACUGUUCUCUUGUUCUACCACCGUGGAACCUGAGGAAUUCGACAUAUUUGCCUUCUCUCACCAUUUACCCUGGAUUACAAAUCUCUCUCCCUCAUUGCCUAUUCUGUGGUUGAACUGAACUUUCAUACUUUAGCAUCUCAAGACUGCAAGCCUUGUUUCCCCUGAGCUCAAUAGUUUGGGAGUUAUACUUAUACACAUUUAUAAACUUAACACUGUUAACUUCUGUUUAUCUUGUUUAAGUUGCAAUAUUACAAGU